AUGGCUGCCCAGUGUGACUCCUUGAGCGGAUACCAGCAACAUUCAGACCCGGGCUCCAAUAGCGAGCGCAGCACAGAUUCCCCGAUACCAGUGUCCGAGGAUGACUCCGGUGGACCUCCAGCCCCUCCUGACCCUGAGUGGACAGAGGAGAGAUUUCGUGUAGACCGAAAGAAACUGGAGAUUAUGUUAUUAGCAGCCACAGAAGGGAGGGUGAAUGGUGGGGAGGAUUUCUUUCAGAAGGUCAUGGAGGAAACCAAGACUCAUAUUGCAUGGCCAUCCAAACUAAAGAUUGGUGCCAAAUCAAAAAAGGAUCCACAUAUCAAAGUGAGCGGGAAGAGGGACAAUGUGAAGGAGGCUAAGGAGAGGAUUAUGUCUGUCCUUGACACCAAGAGUAAUCGUGUGACUCUGAAGAUGGACGUGUCGCACACGGAGCACUCGCAUGUCAUUGGGAAAGGAGGCAACAACAUCAAGAAAGUGAUGGAGGAGACUGGCUGCCAUAUUCACUUCCCUGACUCUAACCGCAACAACCAGGCGGAGAAAAGCAAUCAGGUUUCCAUUGCUGGACAACCAGGGGGAGUUGAAGCUGCCAGAGCAAGAAUCAGGGAGCUGCUUCCUCUGGUGUUAAUGUUUGAACUGCCUGUCAUGAUCCAGUUGAACCCCGACCCCAGUUCUCCAGCCAUCCAGCACAUCUCUCAGACGUACAAUAUAUCAGUGGCCUUCAAGCAGCGCACUAGGCUCUAUGGGGCCACAGGCAUUGUGCGGGGGUCACAGAACAAUGCUGCAGCAGUGAAGAGAGGAACAACCGUGUUGCUGGAGCACCUCGCAGGAAACCUGGCUAGUGCCAUCACUGUCAGCACACAACUGGACAUUGCACCUCAGCACCACCUUUUCAUGAUGGGUCGCAAUGGCAGCAACAUAAAGCACAUUAUGCAGCGUACAGGAGCACAGGUGCACUUCCCCGACCCCAAUAAUCCACAGAAGAAAUCCACUGUCUAUGUGCAAGGCACAGUCGACUCUGUGUGCCUGGCCCGACAGUACCUCAUGGGCUGUCUGCCACUGGUUCUGAUGUUUGACAUCAAGGAGGACAUUGAAGUGGAGCCACAGUGCAUCACAUCUCUAAUGGAGCAGCUGGAUGUGUUUAUUAGUGUCAAACCUAAGCCCAAACAGCCCAGUAAGUCAGUUAUCGUGAAAAGUGUUGAGAGGAACGCUCUGAACAUGUAUGAGGCCCGGAGGUUUCUGCUCGGUCUGGACAGCAGUGGCGUGUCUGCUUCUUCUAACAGCAGCAGUAGCAGCAGUCCUCUGACUCCCCCCACCCCGAGCGUUAGCUGCCCCGUUGGCCUGGACAUCCUGGCCUCAGCUGGCCUGGGGCUCACCAGCCUCGGCCUCUUAAGCCCCACUGCAGCCUCUGUGACAAGCCCUUCAAUGCCCAAUUCUCUGCUAAAUGCUCUGAACAGCUCAGUCAGCCCCUUACAGACACCCUCCUCUGGUACUCCCAGUCCCACACUCUGGUCCAGUUCACUGGCCAGCCCCACAAGCACACCAGGUUUCUCCUCCCAGCUGAUGAUCCACCCUGCUACCCAGGCCACAUUGACGAGUAUCCUUCUGUCGGGAGUGCAGAGCUAUACCCAGAACACUCCCUCACCUCCACCUGGACUUGCCCCCAUUGACACUCAGGUUAAUGGAGUUCCAGACUGCAGCAAGACUGUAUCUUCCCUCAACAGCAAGCACCCCAAUUCCAUGUACAGUAGGAUGUCUGCAGCCUCCCUGGCUGACAAGGUGCUGAAUGCCAGUCAUGGAGACUCUGUGCAAGAGGCCACUGGUCAUUGUCCCUCUGAACCUCUGUCCAGCAAGUCCAACUCUGACCAAGGUUCCAAUGAUGCAUUUGUGGAGGUCGGAAUGCCACGAAGCCCUUCACACUCAGGGAACAGCAGUGAGCUGAAGCAGAUGCUUGCCUCCUGCAAGACAGCCUCAGGAAAGAGACAGGCUGUGGAGCUUUUACAGGGAACCAAAAACUCCCACCUGCACUCAGACUGCCUUCUGUCCGACUCUGAUUCCAGUGCGUCUGAGAGCACUGUGGCCGAUAAGAGAGCGCCAGGCAGCGAGCGGGCCGCAGAACGGGCGGCCCAGCAGAACUCAGACCGCAUCCGUCUGGCACCGCAGUCCUCUUUCUCCAACAUGCAGGCGUUUGACUACGAACAAAAAAAGUUACUGGCAACCAAAGCCAUGUUGAAGAAGCCUGUGGUGACAGAGGUUCGCACUCCCACGAACACUUGGAGUGGACUUGGCUUCUCUAAAUCCAUGCCAGCAGAGACUAUUAAAGAGCUGAGGAGAGCUAACCAUGUGUCCUACAAACCCACUAUGUCAACAACGUAUGAGGGAUCGCCUCUGUCCAUGUCCCGCUCCAGCAGCCGAGAGGGCGUGGGAAGCGGCAGUGACUCAGACAACUGGAGAGAGAGAAACGGGAGUGGACUCCCAGCACAUACGGAAUUCCCAGCACCCAUCAGCCCUAAGAGGAAACCAAACAAAUCAGCAGAACACUACCUGAGCAGCAGCAACUACAUGGACUGCAUUUCGUCUGUGACGGGAAGCAACGGCUGUAAUCUCAACAGCUCCCUCAAAGGCUCAGACUUACCUGAGCUCUUCAGCAAGCUGGGCCUGGGGAAAUACACAGAUGUCUUUCAGCAGCAAGAGAUCGACCUCCAGACCUUCCUCACACUGACAGAUCAGGAUUUGAAGGAGCUAGGCAUCACUACAUUCGGUGCACGGAGAAAAAUGUUACUGGCAAUUUCAGAAUUAAACAAGAACCGAAGGAAACUCUUUGAACCACCCAAUAUCCGCUCCUCCUUCCUGGAAGGGGGCGCGAGCGGCCGGCUUCCACGCCAGUUCCACACGGACAUUGCUAGUGUGAGCGGGCGCUGGUGA